AGGUGUUCCACAAGCGGAAGAUGCCCCGUCCCCUAUCGGCGCAGGCGCGCAACGAACAGGUGAUGAAGGAGCGAGCCUCCAAGCUACUCAUUGGUGCCGAAAACCCGCUAGAAAAACUAAGGCUGCUCUGCCUGCAGAGGGGCGCCAAAGGAAUCCUAGGACUCGGAAAGGUUUUCCGUCGCAUGGAUGACAACAACAGCGGAGAUCUCAAUUUGGAAGAGUUUACGAAGGGCAUCCGGGACACUGGGCUCGAUAUUUCUGACGAAGACGCGAAGAAGCUUUUCGAACAGUUCGACAAAGAUGGGUCCGGCAGCGUCCGGUACGAAGAAUUCCUGAGAGCAGUUAGGCCUAAAAUGUCUGCGAGUCGGCUCCUGCUGGUCGAGAAGGCGUUCGAGAAAAUGGACAAAACCGGAGACGGGCGAAUCACGUACGAGGAUUUGCGCGGCAUCUACUCCGUACAACGGCACCCCGAGUACCUCAACGGACAGCUCUCAGAGAAGCAGCUCCUCAACAAGUUCCUCAGGAAUUUUGAGGAGAACGGGGUCGUCGACGGAGUGGUGACGAAGGAAGAAUUCACCGAUUAUUACACGGGAGUGAGUGCAUCCAUUGACGAAGACGGAUACUUUGAUUUGAUGAUGAGAACGUCUUGGAAGUUAUAAUUACGUCUUUUUCUAAGAAAGAACGAUUUGUUUCUACUGCAACAGUCCCCCUUGCGAACAAAAAAAUUCAUUCCUCUGCCUCGACUCCUACGUUAAGCUUCUGCUUCAGUUUUGCGUCCAUUUACUUGUCAAUUUCAGAGCGUUGGA